GUUGAUUGCCAACCGCGAUUUAAAAAACCACAAGUGUAAACGGAAGUGAACGGUGACCAAGAACAAUUUCAAUGUUUGCGUUUUUAUUAGUUAUUUAGACAUUUAUUAAAACACACGAACUCAAAACAUGACUCUUAACUAAACAGCAUCACCUACUUACCCCCCAGGUAGUCUUUCAUUCGUGUUGGAGACAGGACUUGGGUGAUACAUCUGUUAUCUAGGUAACGCUAACUGCUAACAUGGCUAACUGUAUGGUUUUUCACACUCAAAUAGCCUCCAUCAUGGAGGUUCUAGCGAAUGCAGCCGUGGCCGAUAUCUGUAAACUCGUAGACGACGACUAUGCAGUGUUUCGUUUGGAAAUAACUCAAAGCCAGAAAGAAAACAGGGUAUUGCAGAGGAAACUACAGCAACUCGAAUUGAAGAUGACACGGGAGCGUGCAGAGAGGACAACGCGAGACCGCGUCCUCGCUUGUCGUCCCAGUAACGUUAGUGCUAAGAUCCUCGACCGAUACAAAGGAAUGGCAAGAGGUGAAGGACAUCUCACUGGAGGCCACAGAACCUUUGUGAAGCCAGCGGAACACAAUACAUGGAGACAUGACCAACCAAUCAAUGUUGAUGAGGGGAGUGGAACCUCAACCCAGGAAGUUAUUGUGAUAGAGUCUGCAGAGGCUGCAGGUCCUGGGGUGAAGCAGGAGACGUCUGAAAGAGUGGAGGACCUACGGCACAGCAGAGACAUCCAGACUGGAGCAGCGCCUGGAGUGGUGCCCCCUGUAGCCACUGGGCCCCCUGCCAACGUGCCCCAGGCCAGGUCCCGAUGCAGCAUCACAGAGGAGGAAGAGGGUCCAGAGGUGCUGCUGGUGAAGGAGGAGAGCUGUGAGGAGGGUCUGUGGAACCCAGAAGGGACCAUGGUCAUAGAGGACAACCAGACUACACCACCUCCUGAACCCACAGAGGAACCAUCUGAGCAGCACAGGACCACACACAGUCUCACUGAAUCAGUAGACAUGGAGGAUGGGAAGCCUGAUCUGCUGCUAGUCAAAGAGGAGACGAUAGAAGACGAACCAGAGAGCAUUGAUCUGCUGAGUGGACUAAAGAUGGGGGAGCAAGGUGGUUGGCUGGAGGCUAACAGAGGAGACUGGGGAGCCAUAUUGGAUUCCCAGAUCCAGGCGGAUGCAGCCAAGGGCCCAGGGGUCAACAUCACUGAGCAGGUCAGGAACAGAGGCGACAUAGUGGAGUCUGCAGUCCAUGAGGACCUGCUGAUAUCUGGUGUUACUGGCGGGAGAGACUGGACCUCUGAAGCGGGUGGUCACAAACCCUGGCCCCGGAUCAGGACACUGGAUCAGGAGCCGUCGCUCUUCCUUCGCGAGUCGGAACCAGGACCCAACCACGAAGGACAGAGACCCCACCACCACACAGAACACAACGAGUGGACAGGUGGACUCAACACCCUCAGUCCUAGUCGUCAUCAGAGAGACAGAGGCUCCAGUCAGGGAUCCAAUCAGCAAUUUAGGCUCUUGUCUUCACAGUCUCAGUGCAGGGAGGGAGCAGGGCCUGGGGCUGAUAGAGAUAGACCCUCCUGUUCCUAUGAUACAAACACCACAGUAUCCAUGAUGAACAGAGCAGGUCAUCCUGGGCUUCAGCCUUCACAUAGAGUGGUGGGAGACCCGCCUAGUGGGAGUCUAACAGGAAGUCUUUCUCCUUCAAGAUCUCCUCUAAUGCCUGGUGACUGGGUUCAUAGAAAGCCUGGACCUGGGUCUAGCCUUCCUCGGUUACCUCAGGAUUACCUCACCAAUACAGACAGGGUCAGGAUGGGCGUUCACCAUGAGAGGUACCUAGCCUAUAACACUGCAGACAAUCCCAACAACACCCAAACAAUGGCUAGAGUUCAAGGAGGGAGCUCAAACACUAACCACCUGAGGGUGGUGGCUCCUGCUUCUACCUCCUCUGGUGUCAUUGGGUCACAACGUGGGAGGCCGAGUUUUAGGACAGACGCCGACAAGCCGUACGCCUGCCCCACGUGUGGGAAGCGCUUCGCUGAGGCGAACUAUGUGAAGAAGCACCAGACCGUUCACACCAAGGAGAGGCCCUUCAAGUGCAAACUAUGUUACAAGAGCUUCUCCUUCCAGAGUAACCUUAUCAAACAUAGGAGUGUCCACAAUGGGGAGAAAUCGUAGCAGUGUGGCCAUUCUUUUUAGGUCAGUUAGGGUAAUGUCUGUACUGAGCUUGAAAGAUACUGAUCAUGGCCUUUUCUCAUUUGGAUUAUCUCAACUUCUGCGUCCUCUGUCUUCUGUCCUCUCUCGCCUCCUUUUGAAAAAGGUAAUCGAGGAGAGCGAACGUGGAUGAAAAUGAGCUUGUUUUAAAAUCGACUCACCUUCUCCACUUGUGCGUCAUCAGGCAAGUGACGUUUACAGGGGUGGAUCCCAAAAUAAAUAAAUGUGUAAAGUGAUAAAAACUAAUUUAGUUGUGUGAGACAAGUAGCAUACAGAUCUGGGAUAACUAUAGUUUUAACUAUGCUUUAUGGAAAGUAACUAUUUGUUCCCCGAAAGUAACUAUUUGUCAGAGGAAAAAAGUUACUUUGGAGAUGACUACAAUUAUUUGAAUAUAGAUCCCAAAAAAUCACUACUUUUUAAAACUAUUUUGAAUACAGAUCUCAGAAAGCAACUACUUAAAAAAAUAUUUAAUACAGAUCUCAGGAAGUUACUACUUUUCUGAAACUAUUGGAUUGUCUGUCUUCAACUAAUGGCAGGGUUGUACAGUGCCUAAUUAGAAAGUAUUCACACCCCUUGACUUUUUCCACAUUGUGUUGUGUUACAGCCUGAAUUUAAAAUAGAUUUAAUU